UCACACUGAAUGGCAGCAACUCAUGCAGUCAGCUAAAAGAAAGAACUAGUAAGUCAGCUCAAGAUAAGGCAACCAUGCUUCCUAUCCUCCUCCUUUGCUUCCUCCUCCCCUCCUCCCAUGCCGCGGACUUCUGCGUCGCGGACCUCAUGGGCUCCCUGACCCCCUCGGGCUACCAGUGCAAGGUGGAAUCUGCCGUCACCACCGACGACUUUGUCUUCACGGGCCUCGGCGUCGUCGGCAACACCUCCAACAUCAUCAAGGCUGCAGUGACGCCGGCCUUUGCCGCCCAGUUCCCCGGCGUCAACGGGCUGGGCAUCUCCGCCGCUCGCCUCGACCUUGCUGCAGGGGGUGUCAUUCCCCUCCACACCCACCCUGCUGCCUCCGAGCUUCUCGUGGUCACCAAGGGCAUCAUCGUUGCUGGCUUCAUCUCCUCAGCCAAUACUGUGUACUAUAUGACCCUCCACAAGGGUGAGACCAUGGUCUUCCCCCAAGGGCUGCUGCACUUCCAAGUAAAUGGUGGCGGGACGCCGGCGGUUGCCAUCGUGAGCUUCAGCAGCCCAAGCCCAGGGCUUCAGAUAACAUCAUUCGCGCUCUUUGCCAACAAUUUACCAUCAGCAUUGGUGGAGAAGGUUACCUUCCUCGAUGAUGCUGAAGUGAAGAAGCUCAAGAAGGUGCUUGGAGGGACCGGGUAAGGGAGCAAGCUUUUCAACCAGAGAGUUGAGGUUUUUCUGUGUAUUGAGUGCUAGGUGUGCUUCUUUUGUUGUGGGCAACUGGUGGCGUAUGGACUCUUUUGUUUUGGGUGAGGUGUUGUGAGGUGAUCAAAUCUAAUUACGUACGCUUGGCCUGGACGUCGGAAUUGUUAAAAUUCAUGGAAAAAAAUUUCUUUUUUUUCU